AUGGCAAUUCUUCUCACAUGUAAUUCAUACAUCAUUCUAGUCUUAGGCACAUUGAUGAUGAUGAUUAUAUACAGUUAUAGUACGUAUUGUAGUUUGAAAUUGUCGGACUUUUGUAAUGAUUAUUUAUGUCCAUUACGAGGAUAUUUUCUUCAUGUUUUUAUCUGUGCAUUUUUUUAUUCGUGUCUUCUUCAAGCUACGUUUCGUCUAUUUCGCGUUGUCUUCUAUAAACUAAACUCAAGAAAAUCUCAUUAUUCGUUUUUGAUCGGAAUAUUUCUUCAAUGGUCCAUCGCAUUUCUUUAUAUUCUAAUUCAUUUACUUAAACAUGAAUUUCAAUAUACUUCUCUUGCCUACGGUUGUUGGAUUUCGUUCACUAAUGUUGCUGGACUUUUUCAAGCUCUAAUUGUUAUGUAUGUAGGUCCUAAUUUGACCGUAUGUUUAAUAUAUGCUUAUAUUAUUCGAUACUUGCGUCGAAACAAUCAUAUUCAACCACACCAACAAAAGCGUAAUGGACGAGAUCUGAUUAUUCUUAAACGUAUUGUUAUUCUUGUGCUUGUUGCUAUGGGUAUUGGUAUAGCUACAUUGAUUACAUUCAUCGUUUAUAUUAUUACUAAUUAUUUAGUUCCAAUAGCUUAUCAUUUACAAGGAUUGAGUGUAUCCGGUGGAUUUUUUAUGGGAUCUGUUGGCUUAGCAUUUAUUACGCCACAAAUAAAGGGCAUAUUUCUAAUGAAAGCACAAAGAAUAACUCCUAUAAUGGCCGUCGGUGUAACCACCUUGAAUGUCGGUCUAAAUAAUUGA